AUGGCCCUCACUGGUCUCCUGAAUGAUGUUGAAAUCGCUGCUGGCCUACAGAGCUGGCACAAUGCAGAUUCCUUCAGUUACAAAACCUUUGUCAUCAAAGUGGGUCUGAACUCCAAGUAAGAACAGCUGGCCAAAGUCUUUGGAAUCCUUCCCCUUGAUAAGAGUGGCUUCAUUGAGGAAGAUGAGCUGAAGCUCUUCCUGCAGAAUUUCUCCACAAGUAUCAGAACUUUGACUGAUGCUGAUGACUGA